AUGGAAGAUUUUGAUAUGGAUGCUGAUGAUAUUAUCGAACAAGAGAAUAAUAAAUCUCCACAGAAAAAAUCUCUUCAACCAACAGGCAUUGCAAUGGAUGCACUUACUGGUCUUCUCGAUAGUUAUUCAACAACAGAAAUGAAAAAUUCUCGUCGUUUAGCUGCAUCAAUACCAUUACAACAACAACAAAGUCAUUCAUCAUCUGUAAAGUUAACAGCAACGAUAAAUACUCCAGCUCGUUCGACAACUAUUAGUCAAGCAAGUACACCAAAUGUAGCAACAUUUCAUGCUCGAUCAAAUAAAGCUGAAAUUAUUGUUGAACAUAUUGGAAAUCAAUCAACUAAUAAAAAUACGAAUCAAACAAAAAAGAUACCUAUUAUUCAAUUGAAAUCUUUAGUUAAACCUUAUAAAUAUAUGUAUCAAACAAUGUAUAAACGUGCUAAUGUACUCAAUAAACAAAUAGAAGAAUUUGAAGAUUUAUUUUUAAAUAUGAUUAAUAAUAAAGAAAAUGAAAAAUCAAAUAUUAUUCUUUAUCCAAUUGGAAAUCCUGUUCAAGAUGAGGUAUAUCUUGUCGGUCGUAUUGUAUGUGAUUCAGCUGGUCAAUUAAAUAGUCAAUCGACAGCACUUGAAGGUUCAUCUCGAACAUCGAAAUGUAAUCGUGUUCGUCUUGAUGUUUCAUCAUUACCUAAUUAUUCAUUAUUUCCUGGACAAAUUGUACUUGUUUCGGGUAUUUAUACAAAUGAUGGAUGUUUUCAUGCUAAACAAUUAAUUGAUCCACCAUUAAUUUCACAUGAAAUUGAAACAAAAAUAACACAUGAUUUAACUUUUAUGAUUGCUGCUGGUCCAUUUUUACUUGCUAAUGGAAAUUUAAGUGCAUUUGAUGAACUUCUUCGACGAGCAGAAGAUGAUUCAUCAAUUCAAACAUUAAUUUUGCUUGGACCAUUUAUUGAUGAACGUUCAUCAUAUAUACAAAAUUUACAGGAUAAAACUUAUGAGCAACUAUUUAAUGAAAUAAUAGAAAAAAUAAAAAGUGUUCGAAUAAAAACAAUUCUUAUUCCAUCAUUACGUGAUAUUCAUCAUGAUUCAAUUUAUCCUUUAUGUCCAUUUUCAAUUAAUGAAAAUAAAGAUUCGACAAUUCUCUAUGGUGGUGAACCAUCAUUGUUAUCAAUGGAUGGUCUUCAAUGCGCAAUAACAUCAACAGAUAUUCUUUGUCAUUUAAGUUCAGAAGAAAUUAGUUUAAAUCAAACAACAGAACGUAUGUGUCGAUUAAUUCGUCAUUUAUUUCAACAACAUUCAUUCUAUCCAUUAAUUCCACCAAAUGAAUCAGUUUCAAUUGAAUAUGAACAGGCAAUAGAAUAUGCAAAAAUCGAUUCAUUACCUCAUUUAUUUAUUACUUCAUCUGAUCUUCGACCAUUUAUUAAGUUUAUUGAUUCUGUAUGUGCAAUAAAUAUUGGUCGAUUAAUUAAAAAUCAAGAUUCAACAAUGAUUAAUAAUGCAAGUGGAACAUAUGCAAAAAUUUUUCUUAGUAAAACUGAUGAUGAUAUUAGUAAUGGUACUAUUUUAAAUGAUCAUUUACAUAUUCAAAUACUUCGAUUAUAA